CCUCUCCCAGCAGCCCCCGCGGCGGCCGGGGGACCUCGAGGCGCGGCGCCAUGCCGAAAUCCAGGCGGGACCGCAAGGUGUCCCUGACGCGGACGCCCAGGAAGGGGCUGGAGGCCAAGCAGGCGCUGAUAGCCGAGCUGCGGAAAUGCGCGGACACCUACAAGCACAUCUUCGUCUUCUCCGUCGCCAACAUGAGGAACAGCAAGCUGAAGGACGUCCGGAACGCCUGGAAGCACAGCCGGAUCUUCUUCGGGAAGAACAAAGUCAUGAUGGUGGCGCUGGGGCGGGAGCCGAGCAGCGAGUACAAGGAGAACUUGCACCAGGUCAGCAAGCACCUAAGGGGGGAGGUUGGUCUCCUCUUCACCAACCGCACCAAAGAGGAGGUGGAUGACUGGUUUUCCAAGUUCAGGGAGGUGGACUUCGCACGAGCAGGGAACAAGGCAACUUACACCGUCACGCUCGACACAGGGCCCUUGGAGCAAUUUCCGCACUCUAUGGAGCCUCAGUUACGGCAGCUGGGAUUGCCAACAGCUUUAAAGAAAGGGGUGGUGACGUUACUUUCAGAUUAUGAAGUCUGCAAAGAAGGGGACGUUCUGACCCCUGAACAAGCCCGUAUCCUGAAACUCUUUGGCUACGAGAUGGCAGAGUUUAAAGUGACCAUCAAAUUUCUGUGGAACUCCGAGACAGGAGAAUUCCAGAAGCUUGUGGGAGACUCGGAGGAGGAAGAAGACGAAGAGGAAGAAGACAAUGACAUCUGUGAGGACUAGCAGCAGUCCUUGUGUUUGGAUGUUAGACAGAUCUGUUUUAGAGAUGGAAAGGGGAGGAUGUUUUCCUUCCCUGUUCGUGGGGAGAGGAUGCAUGACUAACUCAAAUCUUGUUAAAAGAAGAUCUACGCUUUUUUAAUAUAAGUGUAUAUAAAACU